UGGAGGGGGGGGGGUCAUGGUAUAAUACCACACAUAUUCUACUUCCUGUACUGUGAAAAUGAAACUAAGAUUCUUGAUGCGAUGAUUGUGGCGUGCUGUAGGCUUUUUGUAAACCAUGGUUUAAUUGUUCUGUUUGCUUAAAUUCCCAGUGAUUCUGGAUUGUGGAAAGAAAUUUUUUUACAAAGAGUAGCACAGUGAAUUGACUGCCAAUAUAGUUUGCAGAUCUCAGAGACUGAAAUUGGGAUACUCAAGGCAGGAAACAGACAGCAGAGAGAAAGUAGAGAUGCAGAAUCUGCAUACUACAAACGGGAACACACAGCAAUGCUGUGGGGAGCACAGACGUAGACUGGAGCUGUUUUGCAAGGAGGAUGAGGCCUUUGUGUGUGUCCUGUGUGUUCCUGGACAUUCCAGCCACAGUUUUGUGUUUCUGCAUGAGGCAGUCAGUGUGUAUAAGGACAAGCUGAAAAUUGCUUUAGCAUCUUUGGAGUCCAAAGUGCAUGAUCUUGCAUAUUUGCAAAACAAGCAAAAGAAAGAACUUGAUGACAUAUGGGAAGACGGUUUCAGUUUGAAACAAUACAUUACACAAGAAUUUGCAAAACUGCACCAGUUUCUCCAUGAUAGGGAGCAAAAACUCAUCCAGCAGCUUAAGAGUGAAGAAGCAGAAGUUCUGAAAGAAGUGGAAAAAAAUCUUGAAUGCAUUAAACGUGAUAUUUCUUACCAUGUGGCAGUGUCUAAUAUUAGCUUAAUGAUCAAGAAUGAAGAAACGGAGAUCCUGCAAGGGACUGAAGAAAAUUUGGAAUAUGUUAAAAAUGAUGUUAUUUCCACACACAUGACAGUAUGUGAUACUAACUUGGUGCUCAAGCAUGAAUCGGCGAGUAUUCUGAAAGAAGAAAAACAUGAAUCUGAAUACAUUGAAACUGAUGUUAUGACCACUCGUGAGAUGUUGUCUGAUAGAAACAUGGAGGUAGGACACCAGGAACCUGUUGGUUUGCUAACAGUACCAGAAACCUUUGACGAUGCUAUCACUUUUUCAGAAGAGGAAUGGAAGAUGUUAAGAAAACAAGAUAAAGAGCUUCACAGAGAAGAGACGAUACACAACUAUGAAACCUUAGUUUCAGUAGGUAUCAGGAGCACAGAGAACAGUGUGAGUUGCAAUCGGCAGUCAUCAGUUGGGGCACAACAGUUAUAUCGCCAAGCAGAGAACCUUCAGCAGUGUGCUCAGCCUGUGAAGGGCUAUGACAAAUGUCAUGUCGCUCCUGUACCACCGCUUCACCUGGAGCAUAAAUGCAGCAAGACCUCUGAAUGUGAAGUACCUCAACGUCCUUUCAGAGGGAAGAAACUAUACAAAUGUGUGGAAUGCAGUAAGUGUUUCACAUGCCGCAGUAGUUUGCGACAGCACUCUGUCAGUCACACAGGAGAGAAACCGUAUAAAUGUACUGAAUGCAGUAAGUGUUUCUCAUAUCUUAGUGGGCUUCGCCAGCAUCUUGCCACUCACACAGGAAAGAAACCAUACAAAUGUACUGAAUGCAGUAAGUGUUACCCGUAUCACACUAGCCUUCGUCGGCACCUUGCUGCUCACACAGGAGACAAACCAUAUAAAUGUACUGAAUGUGGCAAGUGUUUUACACAGAAGGUACAUCUAGAAUAUCAUCAGUAUACUCACACAGGAAUGAAGGAAUAAAAUUACUUAGGCUCUUCCCAAAUAGGCACUGACCUGGUUAACAGCAGGAAAAAAAAACAAUCCUGCUUAAAAGUGAACCUGCAAGCCAUCCUAAGAACUAUGGACCAGUAACUUGCCUUCCUGCAGCACAUAAAUUAUGUGCUAGAACUGAUGCACAUGGUUACUGCCAUUCUGAAAAAAAAACCCAGUCAUGGCAGUAGAACAAACGGGUAAUAAAAGAAACGUGUACAGAACAAAGGAUCAUUGCUGCCAAAUAAAGCCAUGAUAGAGAGAUGUAAAACGUAGACUUUCCAGUAUGGCGUAGAUAGAUUACCAAAAAGGAUUCAACAGCAACCCACCCAACCCAUGGAUUAUGGAACAUUUACAGAUGAAUAAGUUACAUCGUACAUUGAUCAAUUACAUUGAAUUAGCUAUGAAACAGUGACAUAUCGCUCUACAGCUGAGUGAUGGUAAAGGACAAAUUAUUAUCCCAGCAAUGAAAAUUCAAAGGAGGAGCUAUUCCGGGGUGAUUAUUUGUCACCACUGCUGUUCUGUCUUGUCCUUAACCAGCUACGUUGGUUGCCUAUUAAACUAGGCUAUGGUUAGCUUAACUUCCAGAAACGAGUCUGAUUCAAAGAUAUCUCAACUACUUUGUAUGGAUGAUGUAAAAUUGCAUAGCUCAUCAGAUGAGGAUCUACGAGAACUACAGAUGAUGAAAACUUUCUCAGGUGGUAUAACAAUGAUAUUUCAUCUUGAUAAAUAGACAGGAAUGAUAUUUAUAACAGGGAAGCUACAGUAUCAAGAAAAUGUCAACCUGAGACAGGAAUGUGAUGUAAAACAACUUGAACAGGAGGGUGUAUAAAUAUCUGGGAAUAAAUAAAAGGUCAUCAGUAGAGCAUGAGCAAAUGAGAACAAAGCCAAGUAAAGAAUACUUCUAAAGACUAAAUGUAGUAAUGAAAACUGCCUUGACAUCUAAAAAUAAAGUUUAAGCUCCAAAUCAAUUUGCUGUUCCUGUCCUAACUUACAGCUUUGGUGCAGCUGACUGGUCUGAAAGAGCAUUGAAUUAGUCAGGCAAGAAAAUAAGAAAAAUGCUUCAUGCCUCUCAAAUGAUAUAUAAAAACAGUGUAUACCAAGAUCAUAUACACUCUGUCUAAAGGAGGUAUGGACUUCCUCAAAAUGUACUACAUGUGUAGGUCUGCAGUCGUAGGACUGCAUACAUAAUUGAUGAUGUCAUCAGAUCCAAAUGUAGAGAAAGUUCUAAAGCACGAGGAGAAGGUGUCUAAAAUGACAUAUUUGCUUGUUUAACGCAAGCAUUUCAGAAAUCGGUGGGAAUGGAAAUCAAACCAGAAGAAAAAAUAAUCAGACAACUGUGAGUGCCAAAAAAAGGGGCAAAAAAAGACUAUAAAGAAAAGGAUUAGAAGAAAGGGAAACAAAAACGGAAAGUCAGCAGAUUUAAUGGCAAGUAUAGAAAACUCCUAAAACAAACACAUAUUGACCAAGAUUUGAAAUGGGAAUGGUUAAGGAGAACUGAAUUUAAACCAAAAGAUGAAUAAUGCUGACCCAAGAUAGUGGGCAUUGAUUUACAAAGUCUAUUGAAAAUGUGAUAGAACGAGAGAGAGAGAGAAAUGCAGGUUCUGUAAAACAGAACUGGAAAAAGUGGCGUAUCUCAUUGCUGGGUAUGAUACAUUCAUGACCGAUGGUCUGUAUACUUAAAGGCAUAAUAAUGUAAAUAAAACUGUUGCACUGGGAUUGUGCAGACACUAAAAUAUAGAAAUAGCUGAGAUGCACUGGAAAUAUGAACCACAAAGCAGUAUCAACAGUGAUGAAGUCUGGAUCACAUGGGAUCACCCAAUGCUAACUGUUGAGAAAAUAGAUGCAAGAAUACCAGCUAUAGCAAUUCAAGAAAAUAGAUAACGUUAAUCAUUGAAAUUACUACACCCAGUAAUUAUAGUGUCCCAUACACAGUGAGAGACAGUAAUGAAAUACCAGGCUCUGCAAGAAGAAAAGAGAUGUGGAAGAAAGAUACCCAGGCAGUCCUAAUAGUAAUAGCAGCAACAGAACUAUUACAAAUAAUUUGCAGUUGUACUUAAGUAUGCUACCAGUACAUGUAACUCCAUAUGAACUGCAGAAGGAGGCAGUUCUGGGGAUUCUGAAGAAGUCUGAGGAUGAAAGCGUUUAAUAAAUAGUCUGUUAUGCUAAUUGUUUGGCUUCACCUUUGGUUCCAGUUUCUUUGUUGGAUCUAUUCCUGUUACAGUAUUAAAAGCCAAAAACAUUUGCAGAAGUAAAAAAGGUGACUUUUAUAUCUGUCAUAAAGAAAGGCAAGCACAAAAAUGUAAGCUGUUGGAACAACUUCUGAUAAUCCUCUUAAAGAUGACAGAAAUCUUACUGACCGAGUUAAACCAUGAUCUUAGCAACCCAAGUGUGACAACUAGUAAUGCAGAGGUAAUUAAUAGGUUCAUAGAUUAGUACUAGGCUAACUGCCCUUGUGAGCCAUUUUAAGCCUAGCCAAUUAUCUCUUGUGAGACUCAAACCCUGCACCUUGUGUUUGUAAGGCAAACACCUUAACCAUUAGGCCACCCUCCCAACCCUAAUAAACUGAUUAGCCUGUUAUAAGACUUGGAAACAUGUGAACAACACAGGAUGAGAUGAAAAUUAUGUUUUUCUGUUAUGCAAUGAACCCUGAUUUCUGAAAUAGAUGAUACAAAGCAAGAACAUAAGAAAAAAAUUGAAUUGCAAAAAUUAAUUUCAGCUGAAAAUAUGUUAACAAUCACUAUUGCUUUGGGAAGAUUAUGUAAUGAAACAAAAUAGUAUCUAGACAAUGAAACAAUUGGUGAGCUUGAGAAAGCUGCAGUGCAUGAUGUGUUAAGAGAAUAAGAUGAUGCAACAAAGGUUUUUAAAACCCAAAAGGGGAACAAUAAAUUAAGAAAAGAAGUGGGACUAAAUAUGGUACAGAGUACAUGCAGAAAAGGAAGCUGUAUUAGCGAUGUCUACAGCAACAUCAAUAAUAUCUGAAGUUAAAUAUAGACAGACACCUAUACAUUGUAAAUAUUACAAGAGGAUAACAAAACAGAAAUGGAAUCUGAUGAAAAGUAAGCCGUUCAGCUGUUCAGUAAGGAAAAACAGAAUAAAACUGAAACAACGGACCAACUAAGUGUAUAAAUUGGAACUCGGAUACAUACAGCACCCCACUAUGAUAGUUCCUUAAACAGGAAUGUACUCAAGAAGUCAAAGCAGAACUAAAUCUGUGUAUCAUUAAUGAAGAUGGUUAAUUAAAAUAAUGACAUGCUUAGGAAGUGAUGACCGAACUAAAACAGGUUGCUAUAAAAUGAAGUGAUACUCUGUAAGAUUCUAAAGGAAUCCUUCUGCAGUUCAUAUGGGGUUACAUGUACUAUUUAAAAGUAGAUAUAUAUCGUUUAUUAUUACACACACAGCACCUUCCCUCUUAUCUUGCGAGACAUGCACUCUGCCUGCCUACUCAUGAACUGUAAGGGUCAAUCUACAAUAUGAUUCUUAGAGUAACUUAAAUUGAUUAAACGUUACAUGUUUGCGUUCAAGACGUAUUUGUAAUAAAAUACCUAUCCUACACUGUUGUCUCUGCUUCUAUCAGACAGACAUUCUCCCAGUUAUGGAGACUUGGCUGAAGACAGUAGAUACUGCCAGUACCUUUACUCUGUUUGGGAUUGUCAUGGUUGGGGAGGAUAGUCUCCCUAAAUGGGAGGAGGCAGAUGUUCAUUUUAUAGCUCACUGUUGCAGUAUUAAUAGUCAGUGGGACGUCUGCAGAAAAUCCAGCAUACAGAGAUUUCACCCCCCCCCCUUCUGUGUAACCUGUUAUUGUAUUUCCAGUCUAAAGCUGCCAUCUUUUAUUGUCUGGUCAGAGUAUGGGGGCUCUUCAGUGUAUUAGAUCAGCCUGCUGGCUCAUAAUAGGGUACUGAUGUAUGAUUCUUAAUACUGAUGUAUGAUUCUUAAUUAUAUGAGGACAAAGGCAGGGGUGCUCACUGACAGUCUUCAGAAGGCAAAACUUUUACAUCCAACACAAGUAGCUUCUCAGGUGGGGGAACAUGCCAUUAAAUGUAACUGUGAUGUAGGUGCAACAUCUAGGGAUGUUGUCACUUGGUCAGGUAUUCGGAAACAUAUUUGGCCAAGGUUUCAGGUUCUUUCAGAGUAUGCCAAACUACAGAUCCUAAAUGUCCCUUUAUGUAGGGAUUUCACUCUUUUUAUUCCCUGGACCUGAAUCUUUGGUGGAAGAGAAAUGGAAAAACUGUGUUAGUCUAGCAGCUGUUUUACCCCCCCCCCCAUUCCAUUUUUAUGAUAGAAACUACCCUUAAAAGAACGUAACCCUAUUAUUGCCACCAGGGUAAAGGUAAUCAGGUACAAGGGAAAAAAAUGAGCUAUUCCAAAACAAACAACAAAAAGGAUACCAAAAAAGGUCCUCUCGAAAGUAAGAAAACUGCAUAAGGAUGUCAUGCUAUUUUGCCCUUCUGUCAUUCCCUAAACUCCCACCCCUGUCCUUGGAUACUUUGUCCCCUAAACUAAAGAAAUCAAAAAGUUAGGAGAGCAGAUGGCCUUAUUUGGAGAUUAGUGGAAAGGGAUCAAAUAGGACAAGUGGGCCUAGCAAGUCUGAUGCAGGCUACGCAUCCUAGCAAGUUCCAGUUCCAAGAGAAAAAAAAGAUUCUGUAACUACUUAAGUAGGGGAUAUUCUCCCACAGUGAGUGAUAGAUAGUAUGCCAAGGAAGAAAAGAGAACAAGUGUUAACUCAAAAUACCGCCUGAUGCCUACGCAAAUCUGUCCUUUGAAGCCUGUCCAAUACUUGUUGAGAUUAAGCAAAACUCAGGCGUUUCCAAAGUUCACAAUGAUAAAUCUACAGGUUGCCCUUCCCCAUGUUCUAAUAAGGACUUAUGGGUUACAUUGUCCUCAAGGAUGUCUUCCUACUUAUUCCCUUCCACAAGGACUAUGGGGGCUUUCCCAGGUUCCAGGUUGGGGUCUGUCAGUACCAGUUCACCUCUUGGUCCAUUGGAUUGGCUGCUGCUUCCAGGGUACUUGCAGAGAUCCUUUUUCCAGUAGUCCAGUAGUCACAUAUUGCAGAACCAAAGACAUUUAUCUUUAGUUGUUUCCAGACUCUUUCUCUCUCUCACCCCAAAUCAAAGGUAGUUCCCUUUAGAACAGUGGUAGCACUGUGGGCCUUCUGGAUUCGGUCAACCAGAAGGUCUUCCUGGUCUGGACAUGGCAAAAUCCCUAUUUGUUACUUUCAGCGGACAUUCCCAGAAGACGUUUGUUGCUACAUGGGAGUGCUUUCACAUUGUAUGGUACGUGGAACCCACAGUUUUAAUGAUACCCUUUGCAAGACUGUAUGUGAGAAAAUGUCAGUGGUACCUCAGAGGCAGUUAGUGAGCAGAUUUAGUCCCUGGAAGUGAUGAUGGCUCUCAUUCCUUUCAUUUGACCAGAAGUCAGUUGGAGAGGGCAAAUAUUUUGGACGUAUCCAGGGAUACCUUCAAACAGGCUCUGGUUGGCUCAGACAAUGCCUAGUGAGCCCACAUAAGGGAACUCCAGGUCCAUGGCACCUGAGACAAUAAGCAGUUCAAGAUGCACAUUAUCUUCAAGGAAAUGAUGAUGAUGAUGAUGAUGAUCCAUGUACUCAGGACUUUCAAACCAGUGUUAAGGGCAGGAGUCUUGCAUCUCAUAAUGGAGAACACCAUGGUGAUGUGGUACAUACAAUUCAGAGAGUGGCUCAUUUAUACAUGCUGUGCAGGGUGGCAUUGACUUCUUGGGAGACAGCCCUGGGUCAGGCUUGCACAUAACUGUAUCCUGUUAACUGUUUUAACAAGAACCUCCGGUAUUCACCUGAGUAGGAUAGAAGCAUACCUUUCUGAAUGGAUGCUAGACAGUAGUGUUUUUCUUCAGCUAAUCCACAGAUAGGGAUAUAGACCUUUUAACUUCUCCAAGCAAAACACAGUUAAAAUUGUUCUUCAUAGUGCCACACAGAGAUGCUUGGGCAGUGGGUGUCUUGUUCUUCAAUUGGGUAUACUUGGUUCUGUAUAUUGACCUUCCAAUCCCCCCCAGCUCUUCAUUGUAGUCUAGAAAGUAGAGUAGGAGGGGCUGGAGAUAUGUCUACUAGGAGUAUUUAGGUCUCAUCAUCAUUCUGUCCGUCUCCUACUAAGAUGGAACCAGAGAAAGUUCUAUCUGCCUCAACAUGUGAACCCUUGGCACAUCUCCAGGGUUAUUUAGUGCACCCAAAUCUGCAAACAGGCUAACAGCAUGGAUAAUUUGGCUCUCCUAUCCUUUUGGCAUCAUUUUAGAGGAGGGAGGACUGCAGCAAGGAAAUCUUGUAAAGCUAAACAGACAAGGUUUUCUAUGUAGUGCCAAAAGAGGAAUCUGAACCCAUUUUCAGCAACAGCGUCCCAGCCUUUGCAGUACCUAUGAGACAUAUGCACUACUUAUGGCUGCCAUAGGCCACAGUGUGUGGGUAUAGCUUUCAGCCAUUUCAGCAUGCAAGGCUUAUCUCGAUCAUUUAAAUGUUUCAUCAAACUAGUAUUGCAUUUGCCUAAAAAAGGUAGUACUCCAGCAUUCAACUUGAAUUUUGUCUUAAAAAAAGUUCAAGCCCCCUGUUUAAUCAGCAGCAUCUUUACCCCUCAAAUUUUGUAAUUUGCUUAUCACAUCAACUAGAAGAACACUUGAAGUGCAAAUGCUAAUAUGCAAGAAUUAGUCCUUGAAGUAGAUGCAUUAACAGUUAAUGCCCACUUAAAAGUUAAUGCCUUCCUUUUCAAACACAUAUUAGUGCUUGGCUCUCAAAUCGAAUGGGGCUGUACAUUCCUGGUGUAACUUUGUCUCUACUCAACAAGACUAGCCGUAAAGAUAGUUAAAGUAGUACGUGUUAGUGUGCAGUGGUAACUUAUUCUACAGGCUAGGAGUAUGACAAGUAUCUAUUUCACCAGUGAAUCUUGUUUAUUUUUUGGUGUAGAUUUAAGUCCCUAGUGAUGAUGUUUGUAGAGCUACUAUUUUUGCCAAGAAUGAGAUGUUCGAGGAGUGAGUCUGUCUUGACUCAAAAAGCAGGACACCAGGCACCUCAGCGCAGCCUGUACACUGCUGAGUAUAAUGAGAGUUGAAUUCAUUUUUUGGGAUUCUUGGUUUUAAGAGGUGCCUAUCUUUUUCGUGGUUCUUGAAUUCAUUUAUCAUACAGUUAUAAUAUUUGAGGCCUUUGAUGCUCUUGGUAUGGUAUCUUUAGGGUUGUCUUGGAUUUUGUGAAAACCUUACCAGUAUUUCCCCUCCCGGGUCUUUCCAAGCCUUUUAACAUUGAAUUUCACUCUAAGCAUUUAAUGAUCUUGGACAAGCUAGGGUUCCCAUUAUAUAAAAUUAGAUGGCUUACUGAUCAUUAGUAAUGGAACCCAAGUAGUAGGACAGAACAUUGCAGUCUUUCCUCGACUCUGUUUUAAAAUUAGUUUACCUCAAAGUUCUUACUUGGUCCGUUUCUGUCCACUUUAUGUCAGUGCCAUGGCUCAACACAUCAAGAAUGUCAAGUUAAUAGUGUGUGCUAAUAAUUCCAGAGUUGCCCUGACUGACAGUUUACAGAUUCUGUUUCCUCAAAUUUACAGGUUUGUGUUACUCUCUCCAAAACUGGCUAAAUGAUAUGGAUCUCAACCUCAGUGUCUGUAAAACAGUAGUUGUGCUUUUCACCCCCUAGACCUGCUCUCAUUCCUUUCGCAAGGUUUGCCAUUUGUUACUUCAAGGAACCGGUGUUGUAUCCAUCCAAACAUUUUACUGGUGUUGGCACUUGUUUCAGCCAUAAAUGAGGAAGUAUCAUCUUAAAAACUGUUUAGUAUAAUUCAAGACUGACAUCAAAACUUUGAGUUACAUGAAGAACAAUGUAACUAAAGCCAACAUGAAACAAUACAAAUUACUCAGGGCUAAACAAUUUGUCACAGAGACUGCCUGCAGAGCCAGACCAAGGACAUACUGUAUCUGUCAUGUACUCUGACAAUGCAAUAAUGUUUCUUCUCCAUUACUGAGGUAUGCAGUUGAGAAUCAUGAUUUGCUACAGUUCAGCAGUGUAGAAGCCAUCACUUUCAACCACUAUACAGACUAUGCUGGCUGAAUGUCAGACACCACGUUCCUGUUAAUUAAAUCUGUUUUGUACACAGGCUUUUCUCCACUCUCAUCUGCUCCUUGAUAUCCAGUAAUCGGAAGACCUUCCCUUGGGAUUCAGGGCAUCCAUUGCUCAUGUUGUUGUUAUUCCUAAAUCAAGCAGCAGAUAUUGCAGUUCAGAAUUCAUAAUAUGCAUUGGCAAACCAAUGGAAGAAGCUUAUGUACAUUUCCAAUCACAAACAUUCCUUUGUGGCUUCAUUGCUUGGUUAAAUGUCAGCCUUCAGUGAAAUGGAUCUGGUUGUAUUCUAACUUAACUUGCAUACUUCUUGCUCUUUACUCAUUGCAGAUGGAUACCAAUUCAUGUAUCUUUAAUGACUGUUGACCUCGCACCAGAUGUUCUAAUACUUGUGUCUACAUUGUGUUGCAUAACUUGCAUGUUAUGUUCUUGCUAUUCUUCAAGCUGUUCUGUGUCAUGAAAUUUUUAUAGUCCUUUUGUUUCCACUACAUGAGAUCACGCCCCAGUUAAUCUUUCAUGUCUGUGUGUAGUGUCUGCUUUCUGCAGCAUUGCACCUGUUAGAAUAUGCAUCUGCCAUUCUUUCAAUUUAGUGUAUAAGUAUGCAUCCUUUAUAAGUCCAUAGGUAUGUGCUAAGCUAUCUGUCCUUGUGGGCUAUUUUAAAUCUAGUCGGAUUCCCUUUUUGAACUUGAAAUAACUUGUACCAUUUGGUAUAGAUUGGCCUUACCCAUCCCAUGGUCCAUAACUAUAUAUUACCCCUAAUAAGAUAAUUGGGAAGGACCCAUGCAUGAGAUAAAGUAUUUAGGAGCUGCCUCUGUCCAUUAGUAUUACAGGGGCAGUCCUGGGUUAAUUUUACUGUUUCCCAUCUAUAGAUCUAAAUUGCACUUGAAUAUGGAAAGGGAUGAAGUUUGUUCCUCAGAAGUGGUAUAUCCUGGGAGAUGUACCUAUCCCUUCAACCCUGUAUAUCCAAACUGUUCUGUUGCUAAAGAGGUUUGGAUCCCUAGACCAAGUAUUUCUGAUGCCAUUUGGCUUACUGAUGUGCAGUAAAUCUAUCCAUAAUGAGUCAGAAGAUGCCUUGUAUCUCCCUCAGCUUUCACUAAAAGUUGGACAUUCCUAGUCAAUAAACGUAAAGGAAUACAUUUCUUGUAAAGAUUAACUUCCACACUCAAGAAAUGUGAAUAAAUACAAAAAUGUACUGGAAGGGUGGUUUGUAGGACAGUAGAAGUUGUAUAAAUUAAAUGAUGACUGAAAUUUUAUUGUAGGUAUUUAGAGAGAGACUUGAUAUGUUGUGUUAUUAUCUGAUUAAUGAUACAUUACCGUUUUUAUGAUACAUUACCGUUUUUAGUCAAAGGAAUAAAAAUGCAUCAUGAAAACAAUAAUGGUAAGCCUAAAGCUGAAUGGGUGAGAAGUGAGAAAAGACAGAAAUGUCUGCUUCCAUAAGCGAAUAAAGAAUGUAAGGUAAAAGGUGUAGGCCAUGCAGACAUAAAUGCCACAUGAAGCCAGAAGAUUGUUAUUGCUUAUUAAAGAUGAACAGUUGCAGCCUAAAAACACAAAUUUGUAGACUCUGACUGGGGCAUAUUUUGUGUGUCAUUAAUGUGCUCAACAUAAAAAAGAAUGUUUUUUUUUCUUUUCAUAAACAACUGUCAUGUCCUUCAGAUAUUAGGAAAAUAUUUGCUGCAUGCAUCCUUACUAUAAGGAAAUUUAAGUGUUAGUGAUUUUGAUGUUUUAAAUCAUUUAAUCCUAAGCAGCUCAAAAAUGCUGGCUGCUAAUUUUUCCCCACAGGAAAAAUAGUUUAUCCUGAGAUAAUUUUCAGAUAACCCAUUUUUAGCAGCGUACUGAAAAUAAAUGUUCAUAACUCUUGAAUUGUAACAGCUGCACCAGAAAUGAAAACGUGAAAGUUAUUUAGCAGACAUAAAAAUUUGCAAUGGUGUAUUUGAUGAUAUUGUAACUCAAAUGUGUCAUUUAAUAUUCGGUAAUAAAUGUAGAUGCUCUGCAUACAUUUUGUAUAUUUAAUAAAACAAGUCAUAAUA